AUGGAGCGACUGGCGGCGGCGCUGGGCCGCGUGGCGUGGAGCUCCGGGCCGCCGCUGCCGCUGGACCUCAUCGUGGCCAAAUGCCGCCUCCCGGCUCUUGUGCGCCCCGGGCCCGGUGCGUCUCCGCGGGCUGCGCGCGCUUGGCACGGGGAGGGCGCUUCGACGGAGUUCCCCCUGCAGCCCAGGAGCAUGGCGGGGACUGGUCCAGGACCUUCUCCUGCGUAGCCCCUCGGGGCCGCCCCCCAUCCCGGUGCUCGGAGGCGCCUGCCUCACUUCCCCUCCCGGCGAGGCUGCUUCGUUACCCGCGGCCCCCGACCCGUUACGCGCGGCCCCCGACCCGUGCCAGGCGCACGUUGGACCUCGGGGCGCCUCCGACGGGCGCGGACCGACCAGCAGCGCUUUCUCAGCGGGCGGCUUGUGUAUUUAUUGUGUUGCAUUCGCAUCUCGCCUUUAUCUCCGAGGAGCUGGAGGGGGCGUGAAAGGCGCUCCCCCUCCUCAUUUAAUCCCCGCAGCAAAACAACCCUGCGAGGUAGGUGAGGCGGAGAGGCAGCGGACGAGUCCGUAAGGUCACCCAGUGAGUAGGGAUUUGAAGCUGGGUCCCCCAGGUCGUCGUCCUACCUGGAAGAUCACCAUCUUUACGCGCCCUCGUCUCCCUUCUUGGUUUUGCGCCAGGCGCCAAGGAGUCCCGUCCCCGCGUAUAUUUUACUUUGGGACAAGGCGACCUGUCAGUUCCUUCUGCCGCGCUCUUGGGGGAAGCAUUUUCUCGCCUUGGUGGGGGGCUUCUGUAAUCUGCUUUUUCCCUAACCCUUUUGUGGGGGGUCCCUGUGCCAAUGGGGAACUUUGGAAACUGGUGCGUUUUUGUCUGUUGGGUGCGGUGCGGGGGGAAACGUGUGAAUGGUUUUAUCGUGUCUCCUGGUAACUCUCUUUCUCUCCCCACGCCCUAGAGUCACCCUACUCCCUCCCGCUGCCCCACUUUCUCUCCCUUGUGAUUGCUGGGGAGGAUUUGCCCGCAGAUGUCCGUCCUUCAGAGGGAAAGGGGGGGGGGCGCUUUCCGUGGCAGGCUGCCCGGCUGGCUUCGGGUUUUGUACACCGUGAGAAGAAUGGGGAGUUGAGCCGUCGGUGGCGUCUUGCAUACUAAUGCGGUGGGGGAACCGGCUUGUCUCUUUUCUGCCCCCCCCCCCUUUGCUAGGGAAUGAAUUUCAGGAGCGGGGGAAGGAUGGGAAAACAACAGCAGACGAUACAACCUUCCCCCCCAAAAAACCCUUUCUCUCUCUUUCCCAAGCUGCCUGAUUGCUGAAAAAGGACGCAGCAGGAUUAGGCCCGGGGCACUGUCCCCCUCCGCCCCCAAGAUCAGGGGAGACAGACAGAUGUCGCUUUCUGACUCUAUCUGACUCUACUCUUCAGGCCUGUUUGCUUGGGGGGAGAGAGGCCAGGGACCCCUCUCUGUGCCAGCCUGGUCAGCUGCUUUUGCGGUCCUCUUGCAACCACAAAAUUCCCAACCUCUUGUUUCUUUCCAGGCAAGCUGGCAUCGUGGGUUUCUGCUGAGUUUAUCAAAUCCAUUGGCACACAAGUUAAACUCUGGAACUCCCUCCUGCAGGAGGCAGUGAUAACCAGCAACCCAGAUGGCUUUGGAAAAGGACCAGACAAAUUAGGAUAGUCCGUGUCUGCACAGUGGCGCCAACAAAGUUUUGCCAGGGUUAGUUUGGAUCAACUUGGGUCUGUGGCACCGGAGGGCUUUGGUGACGCGGAGAGCAGAAAGGGGAAGCUCUGCUCAGUGAUUCAUGGGCAGCUUCUAAUGCUUGAGACCUCGGCCAGAAGGGAGCUUCCCUCCAGGUAUCCAAGGAUCAUAGGAUUGGGGAGCUGGAAGGGACCCCAAAGGUCAUCCAGUCCAACCCCCUGCAAUGCAGGAAUCUCAGCUCAAGCCAUCCCUGAAAGAUGGCCCUCCAACCUCUGCUUAGAAACCUCCAAGGAAGGAGAGUCCACAAUCUCCAGAGAGAGACGGCUCCAUGGUCGAACUGCUCUCCCUGUCAGAAAGUUAUUCCUGAUGUUCCCUAGGAAUUUCCUUGUCCUUUGAAUCCACUGGAUUGGGGCCUCCCCUCUGGAGCAGCAGAAAACAGGCUUGCUCCAUCUUCCAUGUAGCAGCUCCUCAGAUAUUGGGUGCCUACGGCUGGAGCUUGUUCCCAGCGCAGGUGGUUUCCCUUCCUUCCCUUGGGAAAAGGGUUUUAGGUGAGGAAGGCCACUGCUGGCAGAAGGAGGGUGGACUAGAUGUUCUCAGGCUUCCUUUCGAGCUGUAGGAUUGAUAAGUGUCUCUUUCAUGAUAUAUAUGCAAAGGCUGUGGAGCAAUGCACCCAGCGGAUCUUGUGGUUAAUGGUUUUGUGUGCAAAGGUUUGAGGCUUAAGACUACUGGCGGAGGGGCCUUUCUAACAUGCCCCCUAAAAAAAAUAUAUAUUUUAAAGACUUCCCAGGUUGGCAGGAGAGGAAAUGUCAUUCCAGCUCCUUUCUCCCAUCCAGCUGCCGGAUUUCCAGUUUCCUUGUCACUGACUUGCUCCUUUUUUAUAUAAAGUUUUAUUAACACUCUUCACAAUGCAAUAAAUACAAGCUAAUCUACACAGAGAAUAAUGAAAAGAAUUUGUUCUGUCCUCUUUCAAAGCCAUUGAACUUGGUAGCCACACUGACCAAGUAAAAUGCUUCUUCACACAGCACAGGGUUAACUGGUGGAACUCACUGCCCCAUGAUGGAGGGAUGACCACUGACUUUGUCAACACCAGACCUCUCGCCCUUAAUGUAUUUCCCUUUCAAACCAAUGAUUGCGGAAUUGCACCUCCAGGUUCCAAGACAGUCUACCCCCGAAUGCCUUCAUUCCCUGCAAGCAUCUUGCGAGCCACUCUUGGGCAGAAGCUUCCUGACUAGAUGGGCCCUUCCCAGAUGCUCAGGGACCCCCUGUGGUCCUCUAGUCCACUUCCCUGCAGUGCAGGAAUCUCAGCUAAAGGUUAGCAUGGUGGGAUCCUGGCCCAGAUUUGAAUUGCGAUGGAGGUGUUGAGUGUGCAGGUCUCCAUGGCUGCUGCUGCCUCCGGGAAUUCGCUUUCUUUGGUUUUGCUCAGUGAAGGGUUUUGCACCUCUGUUGUUCUGAAUGUGGGGCGCGCUGGCUUUUUAAACUUUCAAAAUAAGCAGUGUGCGUUUGUUUCUCUCUUUUUGCCUUUGCACAGCCUCUUUCCACCCCUUUGCAGCCCUACAAAGCGCUCCUCUCCUCAGGGUGAGGGCUGCCAAGGCUUUCGAGCGAAGCGGAUUUCCCUGGUUACCGUGGCUGGCAUGCUAGGGGGGGCAUCCAUUUGGGGAAGCGCAGAGGCCACAGCUGGCCUCCCAGCACCCCUUGGCCCAGCCCCCAGCCCCAGAGACUGGCCGCCUUACUUCUCCCACAGAGAAAGCCCUGGAAUCGUAGAAUUAUAGGGCUGUAAGGGAGCCAAAGGGUCAUCCAGCCCAGCCCAAAGGGGCUCAAGGGAGGCGGGGCUGAGAUCCUUCCUGGAUGGGCCAUUCUGUGGCUAAGGGAGCCAGCAUCUGAAAGCCACAAGGAAUCCCCACCACCACCAGCUUAAAGUGCCCCUAUGGUCACUGGGAGUGGUUUUUAGCAAACCAUUCUCUGUCUCUCUCAAAACUUGUCUCCCCACUGCGAUCCAGAGAUGGCAUUAUAGGCCUACCUUGCAGGGAUGUUGUAAACGAAGUGUCUCGAACAUUCUAUUUUUAAAAAAUUUUAUUAUAAUUUUUUUGGUAUUUUCCACACAACAACAACAUGAAAAAUAUCGGAAAAAUAACAAUACGGUGGUACCUCAGGUUACAUACGCUUCAGGUUACAUACGCUUCAGGUUACAGACUCCGCUAACCCAGAAAUAGUGCUUCAGGUUAAGAACUUUGCUUCAGGAUGAGAACAGAAAUUGUGCUCCGGUGGCAUGGCAGCAGCGGGAGGCCUCAUUAGCUAAAGUGGUGCUUCAGGUUAAAAACAGUUUCAGGUUAAGUACAGACCUCCGGAACGAAUUGUGAUACAGUGGUACCUGAGGUACCACUGUACACAAAAACCGAUAUUCAAAAAAAACAAAACAAAAAACAAAUCCCUAUCUUACAAGUUAAUAAUAUAAACAUUGAAAAGAAAAACAAACAUUGACUUCCACCAAUCCCACAGCGCCUCCUUUACCUCUCGUUGUGUCUUUCUGUCUUUCUGUUCUCCUUAUUAUCUCUAUCCUAGCAUCUAGGUAUAUCUAGCUAUACCUAGAUAUAAAUCCCUCUUUCUUAUCCUUUCACUUCACAAGGUUAUUCCAGACUCAGCCAGAUUUCUAUCCUCAAACCUUGACUUUUAAGGUAUUCAUUUAGGCACUCCCAUUCCUUUUUCGCUUCACUUUUUGCUUUUUGUCUUCUUAUAUCUGUCAAUUUGGCUAAUUCUAAAUAUUCUGAAAGCUUACACAACCACUAUCCCCUAGUGGGUAACUGAUUCCCUUUCCAAUACUUAGCCGUGUCUUGAACAUUCUAAAACAGUUUGUCGGCUGGCAGUGGUGAUGCCCUAAAGUUUUGUGAGCCUCCGAAAGGUUAUUGACCAACCGAACGAAGGGCACUGGGCGCCACUUGCAGUCCUUGAACUGGGCCUGAAAUGGAAAACUAAAAGCAGGAAUUCUUUAGCUGUGAUUUCUGCUGCAGGGGGUUGGACUGGAUGACCUUCGGGUGUCCCUUCCAACUCGGCAAUUCUGUGUUUCUCGGCUGAACCUGAAGCUGGCCUGGCCUUGCCUUCCCAGGGGCCAGGGCUCUUGCAGAGAGGGUGGUGCCUCUGUUUCCUCAGCUGUGGCCUUUGGACGGUGGGAGGGGGGUACUGCCGAAAUGUUUGCCCACUCUGCCUCCUCUCCAGGAGGCCUCCGUCCCGGAUUCGGUGCCAAUAAGGCGGCUGUUGCAGGCGGGCCUUUGGGCUGGAGCUCUGGCCAUUGAGCACGAACAAAGAGCAAAAUGUUUCCAGGGCAACCUGCCUCUCUCUUGGCAGGCAGAGCCAGAGGCCUGCUCCCUUGGGCUUGGCUGGGGGGGGUGAGGCGGAGGAUGAGCCCCGCAGUCGGAAGAGCAAUUCGGAGGGCCGGAGGGGAGGCCAGAGAGGCCACUGGCUUGGCUACCUGUCCUGCCCUCCAAAUUCUCCCUGUGCUUUCCUGGGAGGCUGGCCUCAGACAGGGAGACUGGUGGAUUUGCAUGCAUGUGGGUUGUGGCAUUUGGAGUUUUAAUUAAAUUUAUUCUUAUUCUAAUCUUCUUUGGUGAUCACUCAAGAGCCGAGUAAGAUUGUCUUCCAUGAACACGGUUUUAACAAUGAGUCUGUAAGUGACUGUGGAGGCCAAUUCUGGAUCCACACGUCCUUCCACAGUGGGGACAUUGGUUUCCGGGCGGGAGUUGAUCAUGGUGUGGAUUUGCCAAGCGUGCCUUCCUCUUAGCACGUUUCUCCCUUGCGUCCUGAGUUCGAGUGUCUUCAAAGCCCAGGACACCUUUGGUCAAGGCUGUUCUCCAAUUGGAGCGCUCGCAGGCCAGCGUUUCCCAGUUGUCGGUGUUUAUACUACAUUUUUUAAAGAUUUGCCUUGAGAGAGUCUUUGAACCUCUUUUGUUGACCACCAGCAUUAUGCUUUCCAUUUUAAAAUUCGGAAUAGAGUCGUUGCUUUGGAAGACGAUAAUCAGGCAUCCGAACAACAUGACCAGUCCAACAAAGUUGAUGUUGAAGAAUCAUUGCUUCAACACUGGUGAUCUUUACUUCUACACUGGCAUUAGUUUGCCUGUCUUCCCAAGUGAUGUGUAAUUUUUUCUGGACACACCGUUGAUGGAAUCUUUCGACGAGUUGGAGAUGGCAUUUAUAAGUGGUCAAUGUUUCACAAGCAUACAGUAAGGUCGGUAGUAUAAUAGCUUUGCAAACAAGCAUUUUGGUUUACCUGCGAAUGUCCCGGACCUCAUGUAUGUGGGUUGUGGCAUUCAGAGUUUUCAUAUCUGGCAGUCCCUUGCAAAUGCCCCCUUCAGCCAGCCAUGCAGCUGUCCUGCAACCAGGCAGCCCCACAGACUUCGGGUGUGGAAUUGAUCUUCUGUGUGGCAUCAGUCUGCUUCCCUUAAUGAUUUGGGGAGCAGGGCUUGCAAAACUGGCCUGGUGGGGAAGCGCUAGGUCUUUUUAUCGGCUGGCUGUUGUGGUGUGAAAGUCCUUGUUGGAGGAUUCAGGAAAGAGGAAAGAAAAGACUUUUCAGAGUUUUUUGGGUUUUUUUUUUUUUUUUUUACUUUAUAUGGUUAUUUAUUUGUUACACAAAAGCAAUACAACGUUUCAAAAACCCUAAACCAAAGAUGUGUCAUUUUUCAAAUGAAUCGCUAUCUAAGGAUUUUUUGAAAUUAGUUUUUACUAAAUAUUACAAGAAGAUAAAAAGAAAAAAGAAAUAGAAACAAAAAUCAAUACACAACACUGUAAACACAUUUGUUUACGUAUUUCCCAACACGCAGACUAGAAAAUAAAAGAGAUGAAAGAAAAAAAGAAAAAGAAAAAAAUACUUUUCAUAAUCAAUAAUACCAAAUUUAUACUUCAAACAUUACAAUAUAUAAAUCCUAGUUAAAAUAUUCUAAAAGACUUCCACCGCAUUCACCACACGGCUCUUGGUUUCUAGUUCGCCUUUACAUCUGUUCUUCAGUCGCUUCCUUUCCUUGAGUUCUUUCAUAGUCCAUCAAAUCUUUGUGUUCACGCAGUGCAGAAUUGAACUGUGGAACUCCUUGCCACAGGAGGCAGUGAAGGCCACCAACUGAGGUGGCUUUAAAAGAGGACCAGUCAAAUUCAUGCAGGAGGAGAGGGAUAUUGAUGGCUCUAGGCCAGGAUGGCUCUGUCUCCACAGAUGGAGGCAGCAAUAUUGCUGAAUGCCAGGAGAAGAGAAUCUCCGGCUUGUGGGUUUCCCAUAACGGGCAUCUGGUUGGCCCCUGUGAGCACAGGACGCUGGACUGGAUGGGCCUUUGCCUCUUAUUGCAUCCUUGUUGUUGUUUAGUCGUUUAGUCAUGUCCGCCUCUUUGUGACCCCCUGGACCAGAGCACGCCAGGCCCUCCUGUCUUCCACUGCCUCCCUCAUGCUGGUAGCUUCGAGAACACUGUCCCACCAUCUCGUCCUCUGUCGUCCCCUUCUCCUUGUGCCCUCCAUCUUCCCCAACAUCAGGGUCUUUUCCAGGGAGUCUUGUCUUCUCAUGAGGUGGCCAAAGUCUUGGAGCCUCAGCUUCAGGAUCUGUCCUUCCAGUGAGCACUCAGGGCUGAUUUCCUUCAGAAUGGAUCAGUUUGAUCUUCUUGCAGUCCAUGGGACUCUCAAGAGUUUCCUCCAGCACCGGAAUUCAAAAUUGCAUCCUUAAUGUGCCACUAUUAAUGUCUUUGGGGAGAUGGGCUUGUAAAACUUGGUUGGUAAGGAACGUGGAGUUGCCAAUACGUCUUUUUAUCUGCAGCUGGUAAUAUUAUCAGGGUGUUUGGCAUCGGGUGAAGUGAGCUGUGGUUCCCGAAAUGGCCUUUAAGAUGCUUUUCUGAUCUUGCACAGAGGGGUUCUGUUGCCUAGUGCUCGGUGUCCCAGAACAGGACCCGGGAGAGAGACCAGGGUUCGAAUCCCCAUUCAGCCAUGGAGCUCCCCGGGUGACAUUGGGCCAGUCGCUGCCUCUCAGCCCAGCCUGCCUCACAGGGCUGUUGUGAUAAAAUGAGAAGGAGAAUAUGUAAGCCGCCUUCAGCUCCUUGGAAGAAAGGUGGGAUAUUAAUGUAAUAAUAUGAUUUAUUAUUAUGAGGGACGUGGGUGGUGCUGUGGGUUAAACCACAGAGCCUAGGACUUGCCGAUCAGAAGGUCGGCGGUUCGAAUCCCCGCAACGGGGUGAGCUCCCAUUGCUCGGUCCCUGCUCCUGCCAACCUAGCAGUUCGAAAGCACGUCAAAGUGCAAGUAGAUAAAUAGGUACCACUCCGGUGGGAAGGUAAACGGCAUUUCCGUGCACUGCUCUGGUUCGCCAGAAGCGGCUUAGUCAUGCUGGCCACAUGACCCGGAAGCUGUAUGCCGGCUCCCUCGGCCAAUAAAGCGAGAUGAACGCUGCAACCCCAGAGUCGGCCACGACUGGACCUAAUGGUCAGGGGUCCCUUUACCUUUACCUUUAUGAUUUAUUAUAUUAAUUAAUCAUCAUUGUCGUUGUAAUACUGCGUGGCUAGCCAACUGGGGAGGGAAGUUGCUGCCUGCAGGGUUCAUGGAGACUCCUCUUCAUUUCCACAGAGCCAUAGAGUUGGAUCAGACCCCAGGGGUCACUAAAUCCAACCCCCUGCAAUGUGGGAACCUCAUCUUUUGUGUAAACCAGACCUGCCACCACGCAGGCAGUGAAAGCUGCUUCCAGAAUCCCGAAAGGAUUCCACUGCAGUUCCUGCAUUGCAAGGGGGUCAGACUAGAUGGCUCUUGGUGGUCCCUUGCAGCUCUGCCUUUCUGAGAUUUGUAGACUGACCCCCCCUCUGGGGGGGGGGAACGGUGGGCAGGGAGACCGUUGGGGAGGGCACCAUCGCUGGGACCCUGUGCUGAUGUCUCCCUCUGUUCCUGCCGCAGGAGAGUACGUGGAAGGGGUCAGCGACCAGGACGUGCUCCUCAUCCACUCCUGCCGCCAGUGGACCACAGUGACAGCCCAUAGCCUGGAGGAGGGACACUACGUCAUUGGCCCCAAGAUUGACAUCCCCCUCCAGUACCCAGGUAACGGGGCAGGGGAGGGGGCACAGGCUGUGUCAGAUGGGGGAGGGGCCAGGAAGCCCCAGGGGCCCUGGAUGUGGGGCAGGCCUUGUAAAUAAUAACAAUAACAGUAAAUAAUAAUUUUUUUUAUUUAUCCCCUUCAUUCCCGGUUCAGGAAACCGGGCUCAGGGCAGCUAACAACAAAUUUAAAUCACCUAUCUGAUGCUACAAAAAAACAUAAAAUAUGGUAUAAAGCAUAAAUAACAAUAAAAUCAAGAAUCAAAAAAUCAAUUGGGGGGGGGGAAUCCAUCCAAUAAACAUUAGAUGAUCGCCAGGGCUAGCUGGCUAAAUUAGUCCUAUUUGGGCCAGCAAGGAGACCAAGGGAGAAUUAGCUGUGGGGUCUCAGAGCGAGUGAUCUUCAUAAAAGGGGAGGGGGAGGGAAGAGAAGGGAAAUAAAAGAUCAGGCUGAAUUCAAAUUAAAGGCCAGGCGGAAUAGCUCUCUCUUACAGGCCCGACGGAAGGAGGUUAAAUCCUGCAGGGCCCUGGUCUCAUAGGACAGAGCAUUCCACCAGGUUGGAGCCAUCACUGAGAAGGCCCUGGCCCUGGUGGAGGAUAGUCCGCCUUCCUUAGGGCCCGGGACCUCUAAGCUAUGAUUAUUCAUGGACCUUAAGGUCCUCUGUGGGGCAGACCAGGAGAGGCGGUCCCGGAAAUACGAGGGAUAACAAUAACAAUAAUAAUUUAUACCCUGCCCAUCUGGCUGGGUGUCCCCAGCCAGUCCUCCACAGAUCCACCAGUCACAGGACGAUGGUGCAGCAAUAAAACUGCUAGCACAUUUGCGAAGCUAAGCAGGGUCCAUUAUGGUUUCAGCUUGGAUGGGAGACUGUGAGUUGAGAUUUCCUGCAUUGCAGAGGGUUGGACUAGAUGACCGUUGAGUACCUUCCAACUUUGUCAGCCGGAAUAGGUCGGUUGGUUAGACCAUGGUGCUGAUAAUAUCAAGGUUGCCACGGAUCAUUGAGUGUCCCAGUUAUAUAUAUUUUAAUUUGGUCCGGCUACAUCUCCUCCACAAUCCAUCAUUUGAGUUACCUUUUAGUCAGCAGCCUCAGGAAUCACGAUGAUAAGCCAUUAUUCUCCGCAAGCUGGGCUGAUGGGAUAUCAUAAAAUCUUAGAAUUGUAGAGUUGGAAGGGAUCUUGGGGUCAUCUAGUCCAACCCCCAGAAAUGCAGGAAUCUCAGCUAAAGCAUCUGAGACAGAUGGCCACCCAACUUCUGCUUAAAAACCUCCAAGGAAGGAGAGUCCAGCAGCUCCUGAGGGAGACCUUCCCACUGUCGAACAGCUCUUUCCAUCAGAAAGUUCUUCCUGAUGUUUAGUCUGAAUCUCCUUUCUUAUAAUUUGAAGCCCUGGGUUCGAGUCUUGCCCCCCAGAGCAGGAGAAAAGAAGCUUGCUCCCUCUUCUGUGUGACAGCCCUUGAGAUAUUUGAAGAUGACUAUCCUAUCUCUGGAUGGCAGAAAGUGAGGAGGAAUUAAAGAACCUUUUAAUGAGGGUGAAAGAGGAGUGUGCAAAAUAUGGUCUGAAGCUCAACAUCAAAAAAACAAAGAUCAUGGCCACUGGUCCCAUCACCUCCUGGCAAAUAGAAGGGGAAGAAAUGGAGGCAGUGAGAGAUUUUACUUUCUUGGGCUCCAUGAUCACUGCAGAUGGUGACAGCAGCCACGAAAUUAAAAGACGCCUGCUCCUUGGGAGAAAAGCAAUGACAAACCUAGACAGCAUCUUAAAAAGCAGAGACAUCACCUUGCCAACAAAGGUCCGUAUAGUUAAAGCCAUGGUUUUCCCAGUAGUGAUGUAUGGAAGUGACAGCUUGGACCAUAAAGAAGGCUGAUCGCCGGAGAAUGGAUGCUUUUGAAUUAUGGUGCUGGAGGAGACUCUUGAGAGUCCCAUGGACUGCAAGAAGUUCAAACCUCUCCAUUCUGAAGGAAAUUAACCCUGAGUGCUCACUGGAAGGACAGAUCCUGAAGCUGAGGCUCCAAGACUUUGGCCACUUCAUGAGAAGAGAAGACUCCCUGGAAAAGACCCUGAUGUUGGGGAAGAUGGAGGGCACAAGGAGAAGGGGACGACAGAGGACGAGAUGGUUGGAUAGUGUCUCCGAAGCUACCAGCAUGAGUUUGACCAAACUGCAGGAGGCAGUGGAAGAAAGGAGUGCCUGGCGUGCUCUGGUCCAGGGGGUCACGAAGAGGCGGACACGACUAAACGACUAAACAACAACAACAUCCUAUCUCCUCUCAGUCUCCUCUUUUCCAGGCUGAACAUACCCAACUCCUUCAACCGUUCCUCAUAUGGCUUAGUUUCCAGACCCUUGAUCCUCUUGGUUGCCUUCUUCUGCACACCUUCCAGCUUGUCAACAUCCUUCCUAAAUUGUGGUGCCCAGAACUGGACACAGUAUUCCAGGUUGAGGACUGACCAAGGCAGAAUAGAGAGGGACUAUGACUUUGCUUGAUCUGGACACUAGAUCUCUGUUGAUGCAGCCUAGAAUUGUAUUAGCAGUUGAGUUGUGGCUCAAAACACCUGUGAGUCCUGCAUUGCAGGGAGUUGGUCUAGACAGCCCUUAGGGUCCCUUCCAACUCUGCAAUUCUAUCUGGAGGUACCCAGUUGGGUAUGGGUGGCCCAAAAUUUGGCCACAAAAUAUUCCAGGUCCCUCUCCCACCUCCGUAUUUUGUUGGAAGCCCCCCAGAAAGGCUGAGGUAACCCAGUCAGAUGGGCCAGGUAUAAGUAAAUAAUAAUAAUAAUAAUAAUAAUAAUAAUAAUAAUAAUAAUAAUAUUGGCAGCAUCGCACGCAGGGGGGCUCUGGGUAGGUUGACAUUCAAAACUUGCUCCCUCUCCUCCCUGGUCCUGCAGGUGUAAAAAUAAUACCCACGGUUGAUUGCAGAAUUAAGGACACGCCUGGCCUAAUCCUGGGCUUGCAAGAGCUUGGAAAGAGGUGCCUGGUGUGGAAGGUCAGCGAGGUGGGGGGUGGAAGUGUUGGCGCCGGUCUGGAAGGCCCUGAACUGAGGAGGAGGAGGAGAGUGACCCAAGUGGGAGUUGGGAAUUAGCAGGGUUGAGAUCAUCCCCUGCCCUUAAUGAGCCCGCUAAGUGCUUCCCAUCUCUGGUAAUGAUGCGCAAGGAUGAAUAAAUCAUGGGAGCCCCAGCUAAUCGCUGUUCCUUGGGGAAGGCAAUGGGACAGGAGAGGAGGGGAGCGGAGCAGGGAAGCGUGUUAACCUGCUGGGCUGGCCCAUUCAUAAAAUCGGAGCAGAUGGUGCGGCGGCAAGGGGGGGGGGGAGAGAAGAGGUUUCUGUCUGAAACACACACAUACACACACAGAGUCAGUUUUGGCUCAGAGGUGUGCAAAUGGCUGUCUCUCACUAGAACCGGUACACAUCCCAUGAAGCUGAAUGUUGGAAGAUUCAGGGCAGUGCAGACUGUGGAACUCUCUGCCACAGGAGGCGGUGAUGGCACCAACUUUAAAAGAGGACGAGAGGGCUAUGGAUGGCUCUGCAAUGCUCCCGGGUCAGCAGCCUUUUUCAGCUGUAUCCCUCACACCAUGUGGUGGGCCGGAGUAUAUUUUUUUUGGGGGGGGGGAAUGAACGACAACAACAAUCCCCAUGUUACACCCCUCCCUAAACGACAUCACUAAUACAUCAUGGUUACAUCAUGAAAGGGGAGGUCUGGUGGCCAUAAUCUGAGCAUCCUGGACCCUGCCCCAUGGUUCCCCUUGCCCUCCACCAAACACCCAUCAAGUGGAACAAAAGAGAUAUUUGCAUUUCCCUGUUUCCCAGCCAAGUUCAUCCCACCCUUUUGUCUUCAUCUGGGUUUGUUAUUCCUGGAAUGGCUACCUGUCUGGCACUCAGGUGUCAGGAUGCCAGGGAUUAUCCCUCAGGCAGAGGGGCUGCUGAGGAGCUGAGCUCACAUGUCUAUAUGAAUUUCUGAAGUUUUUCCUGUGAGCCAGUACAUAGAGACAUUUAUCAGUGAAUUCUUACAUUUGGUAUCGUGCAGCAGAGGCCCUUGGAAUAGAUAGGAAGAAACUGCGAUGAAGUGUUUUGUGGGGACAAGUCACAAAAGUGACUGUGCUGAUUUUGGCAGUGGGCUGAAUGUUCAGGAUAUCUGCUGGAGGGGCAACCCCCUCAAACCUAUACAUAAAUUCCUGCAACAGUCACAAGUCUCUCCCCCCCCCCACAUCCUGCCUUUGCUCCUCUUCCAGCUGGUGCCACGACGCCCCCCCCCUGCCUUGCCGUUGCUACAGCCUGUUCCCACAUCUCUGCUUCCUUGGGGAGAAGAUGGACACAGCUGUCUCCAGAAUGUGUGUGUGGGGGCAGCUUCUCUGCCUCACUCUGCUUCUUCCUCCCCCCCCCCCCCAAUCCUCAUAGCAGCUUUUCCCCAUCUGUGUAUCCUGUCUUCGAUCAUCCCCCUUGUUUGCUGGAGUUGGGGUGGGCUGUUGCAGGAGGGGGGUGGGCUCUGGAGACAGACGUGUUUGCGGAGGGGAGGGGGUCUUUGCCUGCCUUAAGGCGCAAUCUUUUUUUGGCGGGGGCAGUGAAAGUAAAGAAGGCUUUUGGCCCUGGGAAGCGGGUGCGAGAUGCUUGGAAUCGGGGAGUCGAGGCAACCUAGGGCCAUGAGCGAGUGAUGGGAGGGAAGGGGGCUUCUCAGCAAAUAUAGCCAGUCCCCGUUUCCCUGCGCGGCUGAGUAAACCGUAGCCAGUUCCCACAUCUUUGAGGCAAAGGGCUUUGUUCCUAGGGAGUCCCAGUUUUAGGAAUCCAGAGGAGGCAAGAAUCUCAUGGGAGGGGGGCACAAUUUGCUCCUGAUACAGUGCCCUGUUCACGCCUCUUCUGGGUGUACAUUUCCAAAAUAUAAGAUAAAAACCAAAUAAAAUAAAGCCUACCUACAGCAACAGUGUUUUGUGUUGCGUAGGCUCCUAGGAUGUAAGUCAUGGGCCCCACCUGCUCGCCUGCUCCCUCUAAUAUCACCGGUUUGCUCCUUUCUAUAUAUAAGGUGCUGACAUUCUGCAUGGACUGGUUGCAGGGCAACAUGUGCAAAUGGCUUUAGAUACCUAUUAGGUCCAUAAAUUACUAUAUAGCAUAUUGUUGUUUAGUCGUUUAGUUGUGUCCGCCUCUUUGUGACCCCCUGGACCAGAGCACGCCAGGCCCUCCUGUCUUCCACUGCCUCCCACAGUUUGGUCAAACUCAUGCUGGUAGCUUUGAGAACACUGUCCAACCAUCUCGUCCUCUGUCGUCCCCUUCUCCUUGGGCCCUCCAUCUUUCCCAACAUCAGGGUCUUUUCCAGUGAGCACUCAGGGCUGAUUUCCUUCCGAAUGGUUUGAUCUUCUUGCUGUCCAUGGGACUCUCAUGGGACUCCUCCAGCACCAUAAUUCAAAAGCAUCAAUUCUUCGGCGAUCAACCUUCUUGAUGGUCCAGCUCUCACUUCCGUACAUCACUACUGGGAAAACCAGAGCUUUGACUAUAUGGACCUUUGUUGGCAAGGUGAUGUCUCUGCUUUUUAAGAUGCUGUCUAGGUUUGUCAUUGCUUUUCUCCCAAGAAGCAGGCGUCUUUUAAUUUCGUGACUGCUGUCACGAUCUGCAGUAUAUAUGCAACACAAAAAAACAGCUGCAAUUAGUUGUUGACAAAGGACAGCUGGACAUAUAAAGGGCCCCAUUACCUUCAGCAUCUUAGGGCCCUCAUCAAACCGAAAUCCAGCCCUGAGCCUCUUGUGGCUGGAAGCCAUUGAGAGCCCUCUCCUCCUCCACAAAUUUGUCUAAUCCUCUCUUAAAGCCAUCCAAGUUGGUGGUCAUCACCGCCUCCUGUGGCAGGGAGUUCCACAGUUUAACAAUGUGUUGAGUGAAGAAAGACUUCCAUUGAUCUGCCCUGAAUCUCCCAGCUUCAUUCAAUGUCUUUGAGUUAAAGAAUUUCCAUGCGAGAUGAUUUCAAGGCCCGGGGCUGCCAAGCGCUCCAGCUUUCAGAGGCCAUUUGCCAGGGUGGGGGACACAGCCCUAUGUCAGCAAGCUUAGCUGCCGGCUCUGAUUGAUUGGAAAGCAAUUGACUCAUUGAUCGGGACAUCUCUUGCUCGCUUCCUCUCUGUUCUGGGAUGUCCGUGUCUCUCUCUCUGUCUUCAGGGAACCUUCUGGAGGCGGGGGGUGGGGGGUGGGCAGAAGGGAGCCCUUCCGAUAAACGCAGCUGAGUUUGCCUCUACUGCCGCUGGGGGAGGAGGAGGGGGCUGAUUUAAUUCACUAUAUUGACUCCCUGCAAAAUAGGUGCAAUGUGGUGGCCACGUUCCAUGGGGAUAACCCCACAGAAGAGCCUUGUCUUCAGCGCCAAGAGGGCUACAGAACAUGCGCAGAGGGACUCGGCCCCACUUUCAAUGCACGUGAAAUGACCCCCAUCACUAGCCAUCCUGUACCCUUUUAAACUGUGACUCUUUUGGGGGGGGCGUUAUUGGGUUGUUGUUUUCAUUCUGAUUAUAUGUUUUGAUCUUUUCUGUGAACUGCCCUGAGACCUCCGAGUAUUAGACGGUAUAUAAACUCAAUAAAUAUUAAUAAUAAUAAUCAGGGCUAGCAGUCAUUGGUAGCCUUUCUCCACCAUCAGUUUGUCUAAUUGCUGCUAACUAUCAGUACAAUGUGGAAGCAGUUUAGUUGCGUGAUUCUCUUGCCCCACAUGCGCCCACUUGGCUGCAUCCAUCGGCCGCACUGGCAGCAUUGCAGGUACCACCUAAGACCCUCCCCACCUUUGCAAUAUCUUGAUCGUUGAAUGCGGCAGCCCCUGUCCUUUGGAACUCCCUGCCUAUUGAUAUCAGGCCUUCACUGUACUCAUUUCAGUGCCUGCAAAAAAAGAUUUUUGUUUAGAACAGCCUGCUCAGACAUGUAGAAUGUGGAUGCAUGUUUUGAUCCAUUUUUAGUUUAUUGAUGGUUUUAUUCUUUGAACGCCUCAAUGAUUAUUUUUUUUUACUGAUACAGCGGUACCUUGGUUUUUGAAUGUCUCCGUAGACAAACAUUUUGGUUUUCGAAUGCUGUAAACCCGGAAGUGAAUGCUUUGGUUUUCAAACACUUUUCGGAAGUCAAACAUGCCUCGCGGCUUCCCUAUUGAGUUUUCCAUUUUGAGGCUUCCCUAUUGAGUUUUCGGUUUCCGAACGUUUUGGAACUUGAAAGGUCUUCCGGAAUGGAUUACAUUCGAAAACCAAGGUACCACUGUCAUGUUAUUGUUUUGUUCUCUCUGUAAACCGCUUUGUGGUUCUUUUUAAAAAAACAACAACACACACACAAGUUUGUUUAUAAAAUGUAUGAAACAAAUAAACAAUAAAUAGAUGGACCGCAGUGGCUGUAGGCUGCCUGCCCGAGUCAGAGGCAUCAGGCCUCUGGAGAGGAGUUGCCUGGGGCUAACACACUCCUGGCAUUUUUUAGGGGGUGGGGGAACCACUGUAGGAAUCAGGAAUGCUGAACAGAGCAAUCUUUGGUCUGACCCAGCCAGACUCCCCUUACGUACCCCCCGCCCCAAAGAAUUGGACAAGGAGCUCUCCCCCAAUGGUUAUCAGCCAUAAUAGUUUGAAGAGACAGCCGCAUUGCAGGGGGUUGGAACCUGGGCCGUCUUAACCAUUGGCACUAGGGGUGCAUGGCACCCGGGCGCCUGGCUCUCAGGGGCACCAGGCUUAGAGUCCGGGGCCUAGCGUUGGAGUCCAGGGAAAAGGCGCCGACAGCCGAGCGGAGCAGAGCCUGUUGAAGUGCCGUGGGCAGCUUUUCCCCGGACUCCAACGCUGGCCCCCGAACUCGUGCCAAGCCACCGCUCGGCUGUCGGCUCUUGCCGCAGCUGCAUGGCAGCUGUUUCGGUUGCACGCUCCACGCCUGGAGGGUUGUGUAACAUUGUGGGUGCUGCGUGACGCAUCCUGUUUUGUGCGCCCUUGCUGCCUUUUCCGCUGCUGGCGCACGCUCCCAACACUGCCCAACGUGGGGUGCCAGCGCAGAAUGACUUAUGCUUAAGACGGCCCUGUUUGGAACUUCUACAAUUCUAUGAAGCUGAGCUCUACCUCUCUUUUAAAUCAGAACCAGUGAAGGCGGUGAAGGUCCUGUGUGAGUGCCUGGAGGCGGUUAGAGGAUGGAUGGCGGCUAACAGAUUGAGGUUGAAUCCUAACAAGACAGAAGUACUGUUUUUGGGGGACAGGAGGCGGGCGGGUGUGGAGGACUACCUGGUAACUGUGCCCCUGAAGGACCAGGUGCGCAGCCUGGGGGUCAUUUUGGACUCACAGCUGUCCAUGGAGGCGCAGGUCAAUUCUGUGUCCAGGGCAGCUGUUUACCAGCUCCACCUGGUACACAGGAUGAGACCCUCCCUGCCCGCAGACUGUCUCGCCAGAGUGGUGCAUGCUCUGGUUAUCUCCCACUUGGACUACUGCAAUGUGCUCUACGUAAGGCUACCUUUGAAGGUGACCCGGAAACUACAACUAAUGCGGCAGCUAGACUGGUGACUGGGAGCGGCCGCCGAGACCACAUAACACCGGUCUUGAAAGACCUACACUGGCUCCCAGUAGGUUUCCGAGCACAAUUCAAAGUGUUGGUGCUGACCUUUAAAGCCCUAAACGGCCUCGGUCCAGUAUACCUGAAGGAGUGUCUCCACCCCCAUCGUUCUGGGUCCAGCGCCAAGGGUCUUCUGCCAGUUCCCUCGCUACAAGAAGCCAAGUUACAGGGAACCAGGCAGAGGGCCUUCUUGGUGGUGGCGUCCGCCCUGUGGAACGCCCUCCCACCAGAUGUCAAAGAGAAAAACAACCACCAAACUUUUAGAAGACAUCUGAAGGCAGCCCUGUUUAGGGAAGCUUUGAAUGUUUAAUAGGUUAUUGUAUUUUAGUGUUUUGUUGGAAGCCGCCCAGAGUGGCUGGGGAAGCCCAGCCAGAUGAGCAGGGUAUAAAUAAUAAAUUAUUAUUUUUAUUACAAGUUCAAGGCCCGUUGUGUCAGGCCGAGGAGUCUCCUCCAUUGGGCACUGACCACCGUUGGAGGCAGUGAUCUGGGCUAGGCCAAUCUGGGUUUGGCUGGGGGGAUUCAGACCCCCUGAGUGACCCCUGGAGCAGCAGGUCUCCCUUAACCGUUCUGGUGUGUGUUUCGCACCCUGCAGGGAAAUUCAAGCUGCUUGAGCAGGACAGGGAUGUCAGGGAGCCCGUGCAGUACUUCAACAGCGUGGAAGAGGUGGCCAGCAUCUUCCCGGACAGGGUCUUCGUCAUGGAGGCCAUCACCUUCAGCGUCAAGGUCAGUGGCGCUUCAAGGGGACCAGGGGGUGGGUGGGGAGAUCUCGGCUCAGGGUUCAAGUGCAAAAGGGAUGGAAGGGCAGCCAUUUCCACUUUGAGAGGGAGUCAGGUCUCCCCACCUUGACUUGAAAUCCCGCCUCUUCGCUGCGGCUUCUUUCUGCUCACCUGGCAAAGAGCUGAGCCGUGUUGGGGAUCCUUCCUGCCCCAUAAUAAGUUGGGGAAAGCACCGCAAAACCUGAGCUGCUGGAUUGCAGAAUUCUAAAAUUGGAAGGGCCCCCCGAGGGUCAUCUAGUCCAACCCCCUGCAAUGCAGCAAUUGUAGCUGCAGGAUCCUUGACAGAUGACCAUCCAGCCUCUGCUUCCCACUGUCUAACAGCUCUCACUGUCAGAAGGUUCUUCCUGAUGUUUAGUUGCAAUCUCCCUUCUUCUAACUUGAAGCCAUGGGUUCGAGUCUUACCCCCCAGAGCAAGAGAAAACAAGCCUGUUCCCUCUUCCACAUGACAACCCUUGAGAUAUUUGAAGAUGGCUGUCCUAUCUCAUCUCAAUCUCCUCUUUUCCAAGCUAAACAUACCCAGUUCCUUCAACCGUUCCUCAUCAGGCUUGGUUUCCAGACCUUUGAUCCUCUUGGUUGCCCUAAUCUGCACACGUUCCAGCUUGUCAACCUCCUUCUUAAAUUGUGAUGUCCAGAAGUGGACACAGGAUCCUAGGUGGGGGUCUGACCAAGGCAGAAUAGAGUGGGACUGUUCCUUCCCUUGAUCUGGAUACUAGACUUCUGUGGAUGCAGCCUAGAAUAGCAUUAGCUUUUUUGCUGCUGCAUCACACUGUUGGCUCAUGCUCAGCUUGUGGUGCACCAAGACCCCUAGAUCCUUUUCACAUGUGCUACUGGCAAGCAAGGGACAUGGGUGGCACUGUGGGUUAAACCACAGAGCCUAGGACUUGCCGAUCAGAAGGUCAGCGGUUCGAAUCCCCACGACAGGGUGAGCUCCCAUUGCUCGGUCCCUGCUCCUGCCAACCUAGCAGUUCAAAAGCACGUCAAAGUGCAAGUAGAUAAAUAGGUACCGCUCCGGCGGGAAGGUAAACGGUGUUUCCGUGUGCUGCUCUGGUUCGCCAGAAGCGGUUCAGUCCUGCUGGCCACAUGACCUGGAAGCUGUACGCCGGCCAGUAAAGCGAGAUGAGCGCUGCAACCCCAGAGUCGGCCACGACUGGACCUAAUGGUCCUUUACCUUUACCUUACUGGCAAGCAAAGUUUUCCCCUGUUCUAUAUUUGUGCCCCUUCUUCUUCCAUCUCCUGGCUGACCCUCUUCUUCCUCCCAGGUGGUCUCGGGGGAGUUCAGCGAGGACAGUGAGGUGUACAACUUCACUCUGCACGCUGGGGACGAGCUGACGCUCAUGGGUCAGGCUGAGAUCCUGUGUGCGAAAGCCGCCAAGGAGAAGUCGCGCUUUAACACGUUGCUGCGGAAGCUGGGCAAGGCGGGUGUCGCUGGUGGUGGCACUGCAGCUGGCGGCGGGGGCAGCGGUGGUGCCAGCGGCGGCGGGGGCAGCCGCCCGCUGAAGGGCAAGAUGCCCUGCCUGAUCUGCAUGAACCACCGCACCAACGAGAGCCUCAGUUUGCCCUUCCAGUGCAAGGGGCGCUUCAGUACCCGCUCCCCGCUGGAGCUUCAGAUGCAGGAGGGCGAGCACACCAUCCGCAGCAUCAUCGAGAAGGUGCGGCUGCCCGUCAACGUGACGGUGCCCACCCGCCCCCCGCGCAACCCCUACGACCUCCACGCCAUCCGCGAGGGCCACUGCUACAAGCUGCUCAGCAUCAUCUCCAAGACGGUGGUCCUCUGCUGCAUACUGCGCAGGGACGCCGUGGCGCCCUUCCACUUCCUCCUGCUGACGGACAUGCCCCGCUUCCUGCUCCCCGAGGGGGCGCUGUGGGGCGGAGGGGACGCCCGCCUGGAGAAGCUCCUCCGCGAGAGCGCCGCCCUCUGCCAGGAGUGCUUCGACCCCAACGAAUACUCCAAGGCGGUGCGCGAGGCCAAGGCAGACCUGGCGGAGGAGUGCGCCAGUCCCCGGCGCGUCCGCCUCUGCCUCCAGGGCUAUGCCCGCGACGAACUGGCGCAUUCCUUCCAGCGCCUCUCGCUCUGCCUCUAUAGCACCUCCGGGGGCGCCCGCCAGGACCCUGCCUCCGGGGGGAGGAGCCAGAGGGCGCUCCUCCCUUCCCGCCAGGACCACCACGAGGCCCUCUUCCCGGACGCCCCGGACGCCGAGCGGGAAUACACGACCCCCGACUGGACCGAGCCGGCCUUCCGGGCUCCGGAACUGCCCUACGAGGAGCUGUGGACCAACCAGAACCGCGGGAGCUACGCCGAGCCCAGCGGAAAGCCGGCCGGCUUGGAGAGCGCCAACCCGGGCCAGAGAGACCUCAUCUCCUUCGCCGGACUCGCCUCGCCCCUGGGGUCCCCGCCGCCGUGCCACCAGGGCCUGCUGGGGGAGGAGCCUGCGGGAGAUGCUCCGCCCCCGGUCCCGCCCAAGUCUGAAGCGGUGAGGGAUGCCUCAGGCGACCGGGAAAGGGGAUGUGGAGGAGCUUGAUUGGAUCGGUUUGGGACACAGGCGCGGGGGGCGUUCACGACCCGCGGGGACGUAUCCGGAAUACAGUGGACGCUUGGGUCCCAAACGUGAUCCGUGCGGGAUGCACGUUCGCAACUUGCAGCAUUCACAACCCGCAUCUGUGCACACGGAGGUUGCGAUUCAGGUUGCGCAUACGCAAAGCACGAUUUUAGUGGUUCUGCGCAUGCACGAGCGCCAAAACCCAGGAGUAACCCGUUCCAGUGCUUCUGGGCUUGGCGCAGUGUGCAACCUGAAAACGCACAACCUGAAGCGUCUGUAACCCGAGGUAUGACUGUACUGCAUUCGGAAGGCGUGUCCAGGCGGAAUUCGGCAAAAUGUCUGGGAAAAUCCAGACGGGUGGCAACCCAUGUCGACAGCGUUGUUUUUGCUGAUCUCUCUUAAAAAUAGCUCAAAAACAUCAAUAUUUUUUUACUAUUAUUAUUAUUAUUAUUAUUAUUAUUAUUAUUAGCGAUUUUUGUGUCUGGAUUUUCACUUUUCGAAAUAUGGCAACCCUAAACAAACCAAGAAAGGGGAGCAGUUCAGAAGUUCGGGCUGCCUGCUCCGUGUGGUUGCGGCGCCUUUUUGAGAUUGACCAAUUUGAGGUCUGCCUACAAAAGUGUUAGGCUGUAAGAUUUUGGGUUGGGGCAGCUCUGGAGUCUCUCCCCCCCCCCAGCUGUCCUGCUAAGCUUUGCUUAUGGCUAGCAUUGGGGUUUUUGGCUAGAGAAGGUUCCAUACCUGGAGAGUCAAGUUUUAGGAUGAAAUGACAGAUUGCACAGAAUUUGCCUCCCUGCAGUGAAAAUGGCGGAGCCCCAGCCCCUGGCCGGCUGCUUCCCUGCCACCCAUCCCUGGCUGCUACUGGUCCAAGAUCUUACCAGUUGUGCGGAAAACCCAAAGAGGGGUUUUGCUUACCUGCACUUCAGUUCAGUGCGUAAGAUUAGGUUUUUGCAAGGCAGAGAUGCAGAACAACCAGAAAUCCUCUUGGAUUUGGGGGAAUUAAUCAGGACACAAUAUGAAGGGGUGAAGGGGUGGGUGACCCCUGAGUUUCCCUCCCAAGGCAAAUGCAGAGAGGGGCUUUUAGGGGUGAAUGGCUGGAUGUGUAUUUAAUCAGUUCCCCCCCAAACUGAGCUCCGACAGUGACAGUAAACCCAGACGGAGGGUGUGUUUGUGUGGAGACUUGCAGAGGAGAACUGACUCCAUCUGCUAAGCCUCUUCUGCAAAUGCCCCUUUCUGCCCACCCAGCCACCACUGGCAUUCAUCUUUGGGGGCAUGCCUCUUUCUUAAAGUUGCCCCCCUAUUGGGGCUCUUGUUGUGCCCCCAUUUAAAGGUGUGUGUUCUGCCCUUCGGAUAGCUCUGAUCUUGGCUUCCAGCUGGCUAUCACCACUGCAGAAAGCAGAUGAAUCUCUCUCUCCCCCUCUCCAUCUUUUCCAGGUGAGGGAGGAGUGCCGCCUUCUCGUUGCGCCCCCAGUGCCACCCCGGGGUGGCCAUGCGCCGGCUGCUUCCAGCCCUCCGGUGCCUCUGCGUUUCCCGAAGCUCCAGGGAGCUGCUUCUCCCAGCUCCAGCCUCUCCUACUACUCGCCUGGACUGCAUGAUGGGUAAGUUGCUUCCCAAGGGGGGGGGGGCUGAGGACCCUGGGGUUUUCCCCUCCCUCCCAGAGAGCUGGCUGGGGCUUCUCAGUUGAAGCCAUGUGAGAGCUCCAUGCUCCAGAGUUCUCUUAUUCUCCGUCUUCCUUCCUUCGUGUAAGUUUUUGGCACAAAGGAACGCCUGUUUAUGAACCCAACAAGGCCUUGAUCCAGCCCCCUGCCAGAGGUUCUAGACUACAAUGCCCAUGAGCACCAUAGCUGUCAACAUUUCCCAUUUUUUAAGGGAAAUUCCCUUAUUCCGAAUAGGAUUCCUCGCAAAAAAAAGGGAAAAGUUGACAGCUAUGAUGAACACCAGCUGACAUGGCCAGUGCUCAGGGAUGCUGGGAGUUGUAGUAAAAAAAAAGCUCUAAUGCUAUUUUUGGCUGAAUCAACAGAAGUCUUGUGUCCAGAUCAAGGGAAGGAAUAAUCCCACUUUAUUCUGUCUUGGUCAGACAGAAUUGUUGUUGUUUAGUUGUUUAGUCGUGUCUGACUCUUCGUGACCCCCUGGACCAGAGCACGCCCGGCACUCCUGUCUUCCACUGCCUCCCGCAGUUUGGUCAAACUCAUGCUGGUAGCUUCGAGAACACUGUCCAACCAUCUCCUCCUCUGUCGUCCCCUUCUCCUUGUGCCCUCCAUCUAACAUCAGGGUCUUUUCCAGGGAGUCUUCUCUUCUCAUGAGGUGGCCAAAAUACUGGAGCCUCAGCUUCAGGAUCUGUCCUUCCAGUGAGCACUCAGGGCUGGUUUCCUUCAGAAUGGAGAGGUUUGAUCUUCUUGCAGUCCAUGGGACUCUCAAGAGUCUCCUCCAGCACCAGAAUUCAAAAGCAUCAAUUUUUCGGUGAUCAGCCUUCUUUAUGGUCCAGCUCUCACUUCCAUACAUCACUACGGGGAAAACCAUAGCUUUUACUAUACGGACUUUUGUUGGCAAGGUGAUGUCUCUACUUUUUAAGAUGCUGUCUAGGUUUGUCAUUGCUCUAACUAGGCUAGCGGGUGGCAAAUAUCUGGAAACCAUGAAUUCCUUAUAGUGAAUUUAGUGGUUCUGGAGGAACUCCAAGGUGAGCCUCAAAUUUUAGCAGCGACCUGAAGAAUGCCAAAAUUCAGCAUGUGUGCUUUGUUGCCUCUCACAGUCUGCUCUAAGUAAUCCUUGUAGCGUCCCUGGAGGUGCCCCUGAGGCUCUGCACCCAGUGUGACCGAACAGUAUAAGACGUGAAUAACAAUAAAUUCAGAAUUCAAGAAACAAUUUAGGGGGAAGAUCCAUCCAAUAAACAUUAGAUGAUCACCAGGGUAUGCUGGCUAACUUAGUCCUUGGCACAAAAGCGCCCCCACGUGGCCACAGACUUGGUCUCCUGAGAGGUUUCUCUGCCAGAAACCUGCCAUGAAGUUAGCUUUUGGAGGUGCAAAAAUCCCGGUGCUAAAAAUAUUGCUGCAGAAUUUGGAAAGACGCUGGACUUCUCCUGUCUGGAUGUUGGGAAAUUGUGCUGGCUUUCAAGCUUUGAAAAAAAAGGGAAACAGCAGCAGGUGACCCUGGAAGAAUUCCUGAGACCUUUAGUCCUGUAAGUGAGCCUGUCUAUCCUGCCGGGCCUUUAAGACAUGGCGUAGCCAGGAAUUAUUUUUUUGGGGGGGGGGCCAAGACUUUUGUUAGCAGAACUGACAUGAUUGGUCAGUUAGUUAAGUAUUUCUAUUGUUUUACUUGAUGAGGGAAGCAUGCUUUAAGAGUCUCGGUUCUGGCUGCCUGUUAGUUCAUAGAAUCAUAGACUCCUGGAAUUGUACCAUUGGAAGGGUUUCCCAAAGGUCAUCUAGUCCAACCCCCAGAAAUUCAGGAAUCUCAGCUCAAGCAUCCCUGACAGAUGGCCCUCCAACCUCUGCUAGAAAACCUCCAAGGAAGGAGAGUCCACAACCUCCCAAUGGGGACCAAUCCACUAUCCAACUGUUCUUACUGUCGGAAAGUUCUUUUUUUUAACAUAAUUUUUAUUGAGUUUUCCCUAUUUCAUUACACAAAUCCAUAACUUAAAGCAUUGCUCAAACAAAGCAUCGACCUCCUUCCCUGCCUCUUUCUGACUUCCAAACAUAUUUUACAAAUUCUUCGCAUUGCUAUAGCCACUUCUUUACCUUAUAACUUCUUUUGACAUUCACCUCCUUAUAUGUAAAUCAGCUCCUUGUUAUCACAAUUCCAAACAUUUCGACUCAAACCUACAAACGUUUUCAAAUGUUUACAGUUUUCUUUCAUAUAAAAUAUAAGUUUCCUCCAAUCCUUUUGAAACGGUUCGUCACACCAAUUCCGGAUCUUCCCCGUCAGCUUUGCCAGCUCCAUGUAUUCAACCAUCUUUAUCUGCCAAUCUUCCAACAUAGAAAGUUCCUGCUGCUUCCAUUUCUGGGCCAGAAGUAUCCUUGCAGCCGUUGUGGCGUGCAUAAAAAAAAUUACAUUAAAAAAAAAAAUUCCUCACCAAUUAACCCCAGCAAAAAUGCCUCUGGAUUUUUUUUACUAAAAUUUUACUUAAAUACCUUUUCCAGUUCAUUAUAUAUAAUAUCCCAGAAGGCUUUCACCUUAGUACAAGUCCACCACAUAUGGCGGAAAUUCCCCUCCUUCUCCUUGCACUUCCAAAACUUUAUCUUGAUUCCUAUACAUUUUGGCAAGUUUACUCGGUGUAACGUACCAGCGAUACUGCUGGGCCCAUAACCUGCUGAGAUAUAAUGGCGCCCGGCACGUUUCUCCCUGUGCCGAUGGACGCCUGUGCUGAUAGGUAAAACUUACCAGAUACAUCAUCUUCAUUAAUUCGCUUUAAGUGCCACACGGAAAGUUCAUUUGCUUCCAGGUUCCAAGUAAUUAUGGGGGAAAACACAGGAUGUGAGUGUCUGGAGGCAGUUGGAGGAUGGAUGGCGGCUAAUGGAUUGAGGUUGAAUCCUGACAAGACAGAAGUACUGUUUUUGGGGGACAGGGGGCGGGCUGGUGUGGAGGACUCCCUGGUCCUGAAUGGGGUAACUGUGCCCCUGAAGGACCAGGUACGCAGCCUGGGAGUCAUUCUGGACUCACAGCUGUCCAUGGAGGCGCAGGUCCAUUCUGUGUCCAGGGCAGCUGUCUCCCAGCUCCACCUGGUAUGCAGGCUGAGACCCUACCUGCCUGCAGACUGUCUCGCCAGAAUGGUGCAUGCUCUGGUUAUCUCCUGCUUGGACUACUGCAAUGUGCUCUACGUUGGGUUACCUUUGAAGGUGACCCGGAAACUACAACUAAUCCAGAAUGCGGCAGCUAGACUGGUAACUGGGAGCAGCCGCUGAGACCACAUAACACCGGUCUUGAAAGACCUACAUUGGCUCCCAGUAUGUUUCCAAGCACAAUUCAAAGUGUUGGUGCUGAGCUUGAAAGCCCGAAAUGGCCUCAGCCCAGUAUACCUGAAGGAACAUCUCCACCUCCAUCAUUCUGCCCAGACACUGAGGUCCAGAUCCGAGGGUCUUCUGGCGGUUCCCUCCCUGCGAGAAGCCAAGUUACAGAGACCAGGCAGAGGGCCUUCUUGGUGGCGGCGCCCACCCUGUGGAACGCCCUCCCACCAGCUGUCAAAGAGAGAAAUAACUACCAAACUUUUAGAAGACAUCUGAAGGCAGCCCUUUUUAGGGAAGCUUUUAAUGUUUAAUAGGUUAUUGUAUUUUAGUGUUUUGUUGGAAGCCGCCCAGAGUGGCUGGGGAAACCCAGCCAGAUGGGCGGGGUAUAAAUAUAUUAUUAUUAUUAUUAUUAUUAUUAUUAUUAUUAAAAAAACAAGUCUUGUGGCUUCCUGUGCCUUCUGCAAAGGGCACUCCUGACUGGCUAACUUUUUGGAAUGAGUAGGUAAAGGCAGUCUAGAACACUGGCAUAGUGUGGGGGUUGCUGGGGGGCUCUGGGUGCAGAAUCUUGGGAGGGGGGCGCAAAGCAGGCACCCUCUGACCCCUGGCUCUGGCGCCGGAGGCUUGGUGUCCGUGAGUUUGCUCUGCCUCUUACUUCUACACUCCCUUCUCCUCUCCUCUCCUCUCCCAGGUCGAGGCCGCAGAGUGGCAGCUGCUCCCCGUCUCCUGACUCCUACUCCUUGUACUGCUACCCUUGCACCUGGGGAGACUGCAAAGUGGGUGAGUCCUCCAGCCGGCCGCUGGCCAGCCCCCCGGCCCAGCCUCAGGCCCAGGGCUCCUCGUGGUCGGAUCCGUGGCCGUACAGCGACGUGAGCGUGGCCACGGGGAGGCCCACCCCGCUGCUGGCGGGCGGCGACGCCAGCGCCCUCAAGAGCUACCGCAGCUGCCCUCGCCUGAAGCCUCCCCAGGGGCCUCAGAAACGCUUUGCCCCCUUUGGGGCGCUCAACCCUUUCUCCAAUCCGGCCUCCUCCGAGUGGCUGGAGCCCCUCGAGUGGCAGAAGACCUCUUCCCCCGAGACCUUUGACCCCUUCGAGGGCACCGCUGCUUCCUCCUCCUCCUCCCCGGAGGGCGAGCCCCGCUACAGCCCCGUGCCCCCACCACGCCCUGCCAAGCAGGCCUUUGAGCCCCCCGAGCACGCCGCCCUCCGGACGCCCCUGCCGCCCUCCAUCACCCGUGGCGCGGAAUUGGGCACCGCCACCCGCCUCUACCUGGCCCCAGGGGUCAUCGAGGUGCCCCCCGCCCGGCUCAGUGGGGACGGCUCUCCCUGGCAGCCCCCAGCCGACUUGUCCGCCCUGUCUCUGGAAGAGGUCUCUCGCUGCCUGCGUUUCAUCGGGCUCUCGGAGGACGUGGUGAGCUUCUUUGCGCGGGAGCGCAUUGACGGCAGCAUCUUCGUGCAGCUGACCGAGGAGAUCUUGAGCGAGGACUUCCGACUCACCAAACUCCAGGUCAAGAAGAUCAUGCAGUUCAUCAAGGGCUGGCGCCCCAAGAUCUAG